UCUUACAAGGUCCAGGCAUCCUCUAUAUAUAGCCCAGAGAAGACAGCUGCACAGUCAGUGCACUGCCCCACAGGAGAGCAGAGGUGUGCAGGGCAGCCCUUGACAAACAGACUUGCUGAGUUCCAGAGAGCGGCACCAUGACGCUGGGCUUGGAGCAGGCGGAGGAGCAGCGUCUGUACCAGCAGACGCUCCUGCAGGACGGCCUCAAGGACAUGUUGGACCACGGCAAGUUCCUGGACUGCGUAGUGCGCGUGGGUGAGCGCGAGUUCCCGUGCCACCGCCUGGUGCUGGCUGCCUGCAGCCCCUACUUCCGUGCGCGUUUCCUGGCUGAGCCAGAUGGCGCGGGAGAGCUACGCCUGGAGGAGGUGUCGCCUGAUGUAGUGUCCCAGGUGCUGCACUACCUGUACACAUCGGAGAUCGCGCUGGACGAGGCAAGCGUUCAGGACCUGUUUGCCGCGGCGCAUCGAUUCCAGAUCCCGUCCAUCUUCACCAUCUGCGUGUCGUUCCUGCAGAAGCGCCUGUGCUUGGCUAAUUGCCUGGCUGUCUUCCGCCUCGGCCUCCUGCUGGACUGUGCGCGUCUAGCUGUGGCCGCGCGCGACUUCAUCUGCGCACGCUUCCCGCUGGUGGCACGCGACAACGACUUCCUGGGACUCUCAGCUGAUGAGCUGAUCGCCAUCAUCUCCAGCGACGGCCUCAAUGUGGAGAAGGAGGAGGCAGUGUUCGAGGCUGUGAUGCGCUGGGCCAGCAGCGGCGAUGCCGAUGUGCAGGCCGAGCACCAGCGCGCGUUGCCCACGGUCUUCGAGAGCAUUCGCUGCCGCCUGCUGCCUCGUGCUUUCCUGGAGAGCCGCGUGGAGCGCCACCCACUUGUGCGCUCCCAGCCUGAGCUGUUGCGCAAGGUACAGAUGGUGAAGGACGCACACGAGGGCCGCCUCACUACGCUGCGCAAGAAAAAGAAGGAGAAGGGUGAGCAGACAGCUCGGACCAAGGAGGCCAACCAGGGCACAGAAGACACCAAGGCUGAGGAUGAUGAGGAACGAGUGCUGCCCGGGAUACUCAAUGACACUCUGCGCUUCGGCAUGUUCCUGCAGGAUCUCAUCUUCAUGAUCAGCGAGGAGGGCGCUGUGGCGUACGACCCAGCUGCCAACGAGUGCUACUGUGCAUCCCUGUCCACCCAGAUCCCCAAAAACCAUGUCAGUCUCGUGACCAAGGAGAACCAAGUCUUUGUGGCCGGUGGCCUCUUCUACAACGAGGACAACAAGGAGGACCCUAUGAGUGCUUACUUCCUGCAGUUUGACCACUUGGACUCUGAGUGGCUGGGGAUGCCGCCUCUCCCCUCACCUCGCUGCCUCUUCGGCCUGGGGGAGGCUCUUAAUGCCAUCUACGUGGUCGGCGGCCGGGAGCUCAAGGACAGCGAAGACAGCCUGGACUCAGUCCUGUGCUACGACAGGCUGUCAUUCAAAUGGGGUGAGUCAGACCCACUGCCCUAUGCGGUUUACGGCCAUUCCGUGCUUUCACACAUGGACCUUGUCUAUGUCAUUGGCGGCAAAGACAAAGACAGGAAAUGUCUGAACAAAAUGUGCGUCUACGACCCCAAGAAGUUUGAGUGGAAGGAGCUAGCACCCAUGAAGACAGCCCGCUCACUCUUUGGGGCCACCAUCCAUGAUGGCCGCAUCUUUGUGGCUGCAGGGGUGACAGACACAGGGCUUACCAACUCCACAGAGGUGUACAGCAUCGCAGACAACAAGUGGACCUCCUUUGAGGCCUUCCCUCAGGAACGCAGCUCGCUCAGCCUGGUCAGCCUGGCUGGCACUCUUUACGCCCUGGGCGGCUUUGCCACUCUGGAGACGGAGUCUGGAGAGCUGGUCCCCACGGAGCUCAAUGACAUAUGGAGAUUCAAUGAGGAUGAGAAAAAAUGGGAGGGGGUCCUACGGGAGAUCGCCUACGCGGCCGGAGCCACCUUCCUCCCUGUGCGCCUCAACGUGCUUCGCCUGACCAAGAUGUGACCGGUGCAGGACCCUCACUGAGCCUUCCUCCUGUCCUGUGGCCUCAGAAAAAAAGCAUUGUGGGACUCAGAGUGGAUCUGGGAGAGGCCAGAGCCCUUCUGGUUCCCAGUAUGAGUCAGAAAGGGUACUCCAGUCAGGAAAGGGACAUUGCUACCUGCUUUCCAGUGUCCCUCUGGGGUCGCCAUGUCUUCUCAAGGACUGCAAAGCUACAGGCAGGCAUCCCAGAUUGUGUCUUGGCCCUGCCCAGGCUGGCUGUGUGUGCCAUAGAGUCUUGAGGGACUCAGUGCCCGUGCCAGUCAGAUGGGAGUGUCUCCGUCGAUGGCACCUUCUUGUGCUAACCCAGACCUCCCUUAGGAAUCUCAGGAACAAUAAAGUGCUUUCUGAGCAUCUA